AAACAAUUGUUGCCUGUGCACCACAUUCAUGGAGUUUUUUGCCUGCAUCGGUCGUUCCUAGAACUAGAUGUGUCAGAGUGCUGCUGUCGAGUCCACCAUCAAUCAUUUUUGUCGCCUCCAUCAUCAAGAAAACAUGCACCUCCCCUGGAUUACCACUUGUUAGCUCGUUUGUUUUGCACAUCGUCGUGGUCCAACAGAGUUCCCACAAUGUUUCUUGCUUUCCUUGAAAACCCACCUGGAGAAGUCGACGCAGAGGCAGCUACUGAAGCGGAAAGCGAAAGAGGACCAAAUCGAAACCACUGCUGGGACACUUGUUACAACUACUGUCGCGGACCGCAGAGGGGAGACCACGGGAGGACAAAAAUUUGUAAGGAAGGGAGUACUUGUACUAGAGAACCGCGGCACCAGGGCAGCAGGAGCAACAUCGGCAGCACUUCUGUUGCAUCUUCUCGAAACCACUGCGUCGUGAAAGAUCACGGACGAGCAUCGUAUCCUUGCAACUUCCUCCGCGAAGAGCAUCAUGGGAGCUGCGUGCUCGACCGCCAACUUCAAGGCGCUCGCGUUUUCCAGCUUUUUCGUCGUCGUCUGGCAGCUGAGUCUUUCUUCCAUUUUCGUGCAGAUCCGGAAAAUCGCGAGUCUGCCGGUGGAAUGGACGCAGCCGUAUAUGUUUACGGAGUGGUCGCACUUACCACACCGGAAUUACUACAACAGCAACUACGCGGCGGCAGUGGUCUAUUCAGACGGAAAAGAAGAAAAGGGACAAAAUCUUCAUCAAAUGUCCACAUCAGGCACCAGCGGAAGCGGAGGCACCUCUACCAGAAUAGAUGGAAAAGUAAAAGAACAAAGCCAAUCCAGCAAAACUUCUUCGGUCGAGAACAAGUGGCAGCAGCGGUUGCGGGGCCGUUGGGUGCGACCCUCGCUGUUAGACGUGUUCCUUUUUCACGACCCAGAGAGCUACAACCGUCCGUACUUGAUGCGGUUACAGGAAGGCCACACGAUGCACAGCUGGAGAGAUUUGAAGACGCAGGAGGAUCAGGAGAAAGAAGAAAAAGCGGCUUUGAUAGCGGCCGCCGGUGCUGGUACAACCAAGAUGAAGAGCUCGCCCGCAGCGCAUAACAACGACGCUAUGACGACAGAAAGUCAAAGUGAAAGUCACAGCUUAAUGUCUCGUCCUCCGCCGUCCAAUCCGAAUGAGUCCGCGAUCGCGUUCCUAUUUCUCCUGAUGCGGGAAGUGGACACGGCGAAGAUGUGGGAUUUUUUCUUCGACAAAAAGUUCAGCCAAAUGUUCACCAUCUACGUCCACCAAGCCGCCGAAAAGUCCGGCUCGGUGCUGGGCUGGGAGCAGGUGUGGGAGGAAAACAGCAAUGAGCCGGUGUUGAAACUGCCGCCCGUUGGGAUGCGUAGGGUCGAAAACCGACCUAGGCCGGUGGUGAAUUCGACAUCGAAAGGAGGACCACAUCUUCAAAGGUCUUCCUCGCGCACCUCGGCCCGUCUUUUCGCGAAGCACGUUUCCUACACUGUCAUCGAGCGCCAGUAUUCCAAUUGGUGUGCUUUACUCGCCGCACAGGUCGGGCUUUUUCACCGGGCGCUGUUCGAAACGAAAAACAAAUUUUUCGUGCUUUUAUCGCAGAACCACUCCCCUCUGGUGCCCUUUCCCCAGUUUUUCCAGAACUUAUUCUUCUCCACAUCCUCUUCCGCUGGUGCUGCUUUCACCUCGACAUCGGCAGGAGUUGCUUUAUCUUCAACACACUCUCCGAUGAACAAAAACAAGCCCUCCGCGCACGAUGAAAAAGACCACCAAUCGCGGUUUUGUUUCGCGGGCACCGCCUCCUACGACACCCCGUCUGGCUGCAGCUACGCGGCCUGGGCGCCGUGGGGCGGCCGGUAUUUGCUGAAGCACCACCAGUGGAUCAUUCUGAACCGGCGCCACACGGAGCAGCUAGCGACUUCCGCCUUCACGAGAGAGCUCUUCAAAAGUUACAGACGCUUGUACACCUUCGCGCCCCUCUGUUCCGACGAGGUGGUGCCGGCGCUGGCGCUUUUGACGAAAGUUCCGAAGUUCGCGACUUCGGAGCAAACCUUCGCGGCCAACAACAUCAAGCAGGAAUGCACGACAUUCGCGUAUUGGAAGGGGUGUCUGUACCAGGAGACGAGGGUCUUGAAGGACUUUGUCAUCGGCGAGGAAGUCGUGGUCACAGACGACAGCAGCAGCGCCGAUGGUCGCGGCCCAGGUGGACACCAGCACCAGACCGUGUUGGUGGAAUCCUUGCUAGACGAGAGGGAACAGGCGACCGAAAAGCAGAUGCUUCGUGAUCAGCAGAACAUCAAGGAAGUGGGGAAAGUAGUGAAAACGCAGCUGAAACAGGGACAGAAGCUACUCACCGCAUACCGAUCCGAGUCGUCGAAAAUCGCGACGCAGAUUGAUUCGAAACUGAAGGAGUUCGACUCUGCGGCGGAUAAAGUUUUGAUGAAGGGAAUCGAAAAAGUCUCGGAAGGCGGGAAAAAAUUGCUGGAUGCGGCGACAAGGAGAAGGGUGGGAGAAAGUAGUGAAAUUAUGGGAGAUGAUGAUAAAGGAAUGCACCAGAUCAUGUUGAGCAGAAACCUUGCUGAUACGGAGAACAAAGAGCCAGUACCCAGCGCGCCCUCCACAACAUCAUUCCCUGCUGCGGCUCCCAGUGUAGUAACAACAAGUAGUGUAUCAACUACUUUAUCUCCAGCACCACCAGCGACAACGCAAUUGAUCAACAGCAACGGCAAAGUCGGUUUGAAAACAAGGAAAAUCCACGUGAACGACGGCAUGGUGCAUUUUGACGAGAAAAAGAACAUCCUCUACUGCAACAUCUCUCACCCGUUUUUCGAACUUUUACAGCAGAAGGAUUUUCAUCUAGACCCGAGGUGGAUUCAUCUAGUCGAGGAGGAUAGUACUUCUUCGUCGCAACUGUUUGACCGUGCUGGAGGCAACAACAGCAUGACGGCUGGAGCAAAACCUGGUAACAGCACGACGGUGACUAGUCCGUUCUUUUCCGACUUCACGACCGGGUUUUCUUCCUGGAACGAGACUCUGGCGUAUUACAGUACCUGGUGGCUGAACACAUUCAAAAACAUCUCGCUGUUCAACGCUCUCGCGCUGACAAACACCACCACUGCAAUAAAUACAACAUCAAGUAGGUCGUCUGCAUCCUCGACAGUGCAACACCCGAAGCAGCACCCCUUUGAGCUCAUGUCGGACUACGGAACGCACAUCCACUCGUUGUUCACGAAUUCUCUGAAAAAGCCAUCCCUUCUCCUCUCCAGCGGGGCCUCCGACGCGAUGAAAACGGACGAUGCGAUGAAAAAGGACACACACCCCGGGACUUUGUUGAUCAAGAACCGGGGCGCGUUUGCGGAAAGGCUAGUCCGGUCCGGAUAUCUACUCGCUCGGAAAAUGGGGCCGUUUCCGUUGAUUUCGUUUUGGACGCGAGAGGAGCAGGAGUCCGUAAACUUUGAAAAUUUCUACGACAAAGUGCAACUGAAACAGUCAGGCGGGAAAAAUGGUGUUCAGCAGAACAGAGAGGUGAAGACGAAUACGAAACGCUUGAGCACUGCGAAGAUUCGAAGGAGGAAACUUUUGCGUCGCCGGGCGGUAAGUCGUACGAGAAUUUCUGGCUCGAACGUCGACGAGCAGAUGAAAAGCACAUCUGAAAAUGAAAAUGCUCUUCUUGCUCGUACUGCUGCAUCACCAGCAAAAAAUCAUGGAAAACGAAUCCUAGCCGCCUCGCCUCCAAGUACUCCCGACGAAGCAGAGUACUUCUUGCCCCGGCUUCCGAAAGUGCCACCAUGGAUGAACAGGAGGAUCGCGAUCGUGUUUGGCUACCCGCGCGUGGACGACCUCUUCGAGGACGGGAAUUUCAUGUAAGGGACGUGUUUCGUGUUGGUUUUGAUGCGCCAUGGUAUGCUGUUCAUUUAAAAGCCCUGCUGCUUGUGUGUGUUGCAAGUGCAUUAGCCCAGCUUUUCAGCAUAGUAACAAUUACCAAACAUAUACGACAGUUACCACACCUCCAAGCUCUGGCUCCUGGUUUGGGACUGGAUCGAGCCCUUUUACGCGACCUGCUUGCUCUGGAGCUUCACCGGUUUUCUCUUCUACAAGGUCGUGAUCAAACAGAAGUAUUGGCGGUUACUUUUCCUGUCCCUCGUGCUGUUCUACGGCGAGCUCUGCCGGGUGUUGCACUCGUUGCUAAAGCUGGAGGGACGGGACUGGUUCUUGACCCGACUGGAAAUGGACGACUUGUAGGAGCAAGUAGAGAAGUGGCGAACGGCAGGACGACCUGAACUGAACCACACGCACACGCGUAGUACCUGCUGUAGACUAAAACCCAAAGCGUCCGCUCUCUUCUCAAAUAAUUAGCAUAUUUUCUCGCCGUUUGCGCCACAAGCGGCAAGGGGCACGCUCAAGUGUGUGUACAAAAAUGCCUCCGCCGGGACCGGAACGAAGAGUUUUUGAAGAAUGAACCGCAUAGGAAAGAUCGCCAUGUCUGUAUACUUGUAGUGCAAAACGUCCUGAUCGUCAUCUGUAUUGCCGCAUAUUCCAUGACCAAACAACAUCAAUGAACUCACUGACGAUGUACCAGAGUCGAGCCGCCCAGUAACCCUUC